UAAACAUACUACAGACCACAAGCCUCGAUUUUACAAUAAUAAAAUGGUAAAUUUAUUAAAAACUAUUGCUUUACUAGCCAUUGCCUUGCCCGCCUGUUUAUGUGUCACCAUCAAGCCACGCAGCAGUUGGGGUGCAACCCCAGCUCUUUCAGACACCCACAUAGAUGGGGCCGUUGACAAUGUGUUUUUAUAUCAUUUAAAUAAUUCGUAUAACUGCUCCAAUGAAUUUGCUUGCCAAACCCGUAUCAAGUAUAUACAAACUGAUCAUAUGGCUCAUCGUAAUUUCAGUGAUAUUGCCUACAAUUUCCUAAUUGCUGGCGAUGGCAAUAUCUAUGAGGGCCGUGGUUGGGGUGUGCAAGGAACUCAUAAUCCCAACUACAAUAAUAAAAGUAUUAGUAUUGCGUUCUUGGGCAAUCUUGAAAACUCGAAACCCUCGAAUGAAAUGGUGCAAAAUGCUAAAGAUUUAAUAGCGCUAGCAGUUAGUGAUGGUUAUUUGAAGGAGAAUUAUAUUAUCAGAGCUCGUUUUAAUGAAUGAUAUAAUCAGGGCAACCAAAAAUAUGCUCUAAAAAAGUGUUUUAUGCGCAUAAAAUAUGCAGUUAAAAUCGAAAAAUAUCCUCUUAAAUUAUAAAAAAAU